GCGCAGUCUUGGAUGCGAGAAGAUCCGUUCGCUGACGCCUUUGAGCGCGCGGCGGUCAGCGACCCCAAUGCACUGGUGACGCCGCACGAGCGAUCGACCUUCUUGACGGACCUCCAUGCCCGCGGGCUGCUUCCAGACGCCUACUUGCACAAGAUCCAAGCACUCUGGGACAAGGAGAGAGUCAGCGUAGCUUUUGAACACUUUCAAGCGCUCUUGGCGCGCGCGCUUGGCGACGCUAGCGCCGACGAGGCGGCCGCAGCCAUUACGACCGAGAUCUCGAACAAGCUCGCUUUUCUCUGUCACCUCGUGCAGUCGUGGGACACGGCGUCGUUUGGUGAGCCCGAAAAAGCAGCGCUGGUGGCCUACACGACCAAGCUAGCAACUGAGCAUGCUGCCGCGGAAGACAAGGUAGAGCGCUUGGUAGCCACAAUGGCUGCGGAACUCGGUGCGCACCAGCACAAGGCGCUGGUGCAUUGCCCCAUCGAGGCGCAUCCGCAGUAUGGAACGACCCCUCGGUUCCACGAAACAAAGCACCCGACUACGUACCAAGCGGCGCACUCGACGCAGCUUGAAAAGAUUGCACGAAGUCGCGACUUUCACAGUCUCCGGAUGCACGCUCAGAGCGAGUCGGUGGCCAACACCUUUGGUGUUCUCGACGAGCGCUGGGCGACCAGGCUGCAGCUGUACCUUCAGAGCUACGAGCGCUCAACGAGCAGCGGCCGGACCAGCGGCCGUCUCGAGGUUGUGGCGGUUCCAACCACGGCCGUCCUUCUCGAGAGCGUUGCGCGCCUGGAUCGACUCGCCGCCGUACACUACGAGAUGGGCCGCAGCCGGUUCUUCCGAAGCUUUUACGGAACCGACAUGGACACUUCUGCACACUUUACAUUCUACUACUUUGAGUACGUCCAGGUCGUUUCGCUCUCGAGCUUGCUCUUGCGGCACGGGUGCCUCGCGCUCACUUCCCACUUGUUCAAGUACCUUGGCCACACGCUGUUGUACGCCUGCGUCGACCUCGUCGAGCAAUGCAACCAUCGACUCGAGACGGAUCGUAUGACGUGGCAUCAUGUGCUGCUUGCACCCGACGACCUGCGGCUGUAUUGGGCGACGCUGCCGCUAGGCGACGCCCUCGACCCGUGUGCGCGCGACCCACGCGCCCGGCAAGACGACGAUCGAGAAGUCGGUCUAUUAGCCUUUUUUGCUGCGUGCGUACGACAGCUGCUUUUGCCUACGACGAUACCGCGCCCGUCCAGUGCAACGUCUCAGCGGCGUUUGUUCGAGUUUCCUCGGCUGCUCCAUGCCAACGACGUUGUCCGGACGCCGUCGGGGCACCCGAUCGUUACGGUCGGUGUCGCUGACUCCUUUGAACUCUGCUUCUGCACCGACGACGACGACGAGCGCUGGGCGUGCUAUGCAUUCGAGACCGUCGGCGGUUCCUCGCCUCUUCUUGCACCACUCGAGGACACGAACGCCCGCAACACGUUUGCGUACUGCGCAACGACGGCCGGCGACAUGCUCUUGGCGUUUGAGACUCUCGGUCGCAACGAGCGACGGACGAUGACCGUCCACAUCCGCGUACAUGCAGAGCGUCUUGACUCUGUCGUCGAGGAAAUCAUUGCGGCCUGCACCACAUCGCCGCCGACUCUGUCGUUGCAGCAGCUACUCUUGCACCCUCUCUUUACUGGCUGGGAUGACGAGCAAGUGAUGCUCGACUACGACGCACAGUUUCGCUGAGCAUCGUACGAGACAUAGGACAAUGCAUCCAAUUGCUUAAGGUUACACGUCCCGCGGCAAGGCAGCAGCGCUCGGUUCCUGUCGCAUCUCGGCUGAGCACCGGUGUUCGUGG